CUAAAUCUUUGUCACACUUUGUGGAUGAUUUAGUUGUAUUACAAUAAUGUGUAUUCAAAAUGUCGUCUGAUAAAACACUUAAUAAAUUAAUAAUUUCAGUUAAAAGUAGACCUUGUAUCUACGACCCUACCCACUGUAUGCACAAAAAUAAGAAAGUGAUAAAUAAAUGUUGGAAUGAAAUUGCUGAUGAACUGAAUGAAAAGAAACAAAAAAUUGGUAAAUUAAAACGACGUUGGAACGGUCUGAGGAGCAGUUACUUAAAAUACAGAAAGGCAAAUGAUUCCAUACGAGAAUCCACAUACUUUAACCAAUACAAAGAAUAUGAUUUCGGGCCACAACUCGAGUUUUUAGAAACCCAUUUCCAGCAUAUAAAUGAAGAAGAAGACAGUGACGACUCAAAUUGUAAUAUUACAAAUGAAGUACCAUAUGAACCAGUUAUUGACAUACCUAUAACUGAAUCAGAUGAUAUAAAAUACCUGUUUUUAAGUUAUGCCAAAACAUUAAGAAAAUUAUCACCGAGAGUGAAGAUUUCUUUAAAAUUUGAAUUGGCGAAAUUGUUUUUAAAAGCCGAAUGGGAACAAAUACAGGAAAGAGAUUAUAGUAUACCAUUGAAGAUGGAAACACAUUUCUCUGAUGAUGAAUGAACUAGAAUCUUGAAACAUCUAGUUGUUCCGAAGUUAAUAAAAUGCUGGAUAUUGCUUUGUGAAGUGUUUGAAACAAGGCACAAUGUCAUUUCCUCGUGCAUAAUGUAGUACUAAGAAUAAGAUAAAUAUAAUAAUA